GUAUUUCACAAUCACAACCACAACCCACAACCAUAGGUUUGAAACUCGUGUAAACAUAACCUGUACAAACAGCAUUAGUAAUCAGUAUAUCAUUAAAAUAAAAUCUUUUUAGGUGUGCUUAGUGUGUUAGCUAUUUUAAUUGAAUACUUUUGAAUUGUACAUUUUUCAUCCGUAAUGGCCACUCGAGAGUUUUUAUGGAGUGUUUUUCAGAGGGUUGACAAGGACCGUAGUGGUUAUAUAUCUGCUGAUGAACUACAGAUGGCUCUAUCGAAUGGAACAUGGACACCAUUUAACCCUGAAACAGUCAGACUUAUGAUUGGUAUGUUUGAUAAACACAACAGCGGGGUGGUGUCAUUUGAGGACUUUGGGGCGUUGUGGAAAUAUGUGACAGAUUGGCAAAACUGUUUCCGCACGUUUGACCGUGACAACUCUGGCAACAUUGACAAGUCGGAGCUGCGCAGCGCGCUCACUGCGUUUGGCUACAGACUGAGUGAGAACAUGAUUGACCUAAUGAUGAAGAAGUUUGAUCGUUACGGCAAGGGCACUAUAUUGUUCGAUGACUUCAUACAGUGCUGUGUGGUACUUUAUACCCUGACAGCAGCCUUCCGGCAACAUGACACUGACCAAGACGGAGUUAUCACUAUUCACUACGAGCAGUUUCUCGGCAUGGUCUUCAGCCUGAAGGUUUAGCCGACCACAUGCCACAGACAGCAUAUACAACAUGUCUGUAUAUGCAUUAUUCCACUUACAGGCUGUACAUUUCUGUGUCGUGUGACAACGCAGAUAAUUAUUUUAUUUACUCUAUAGAAGCCGGUAGGAAAUAUUACUGAACGUAGUUACCCUUAGUGUUAUAGUCACAUUAAGGUCCAGCCAUUUGAAGUUAGAUCUUAUUGUAUUGUUUUCAAGUACCAUUGAAGGUUGCGUUCCUAUUAAAUUUUGAAUGAAAUUUGGGGCGAAUGGGUGAAAAACAUAGGCUAAAAACAAAGAGAUAAUGUUAUUUUUCAAAUGGUAAAGGGUAUGUAUUUUUUGUGUUUUUAUAUAAAUACAGUGUUGUUAUUUUUAAGCCAAAUAUUAAUAAUAGUGCUCUUUGAAUAGAUGACGUACUUAAUAAACAAAAUGGUUUAUAACAUUGAUUGUUGUUAGAUUUGUUCUACCUACGUUUAUGUACAGUUUGUUGAAUUUAAAUCCAAUUGUUAAUAUGUGAUAUUUUUAUUUGAAAGUUAAUCAGUCUAGUUGUAAAAAAUUAUUUUGGAAACUUAGUCCUUUGUAGUAACAGCCUACUAAUUUUGAAAAGUUCAAUAUUAUUUUUUAUUUUAUACAAACUAUUUCUGUAACUUUGUUAAACCUAUGAGAACUUUAUUCUGGAGAUUAAGUUAUUUUCUUCUUAUGAACAUGAAUACAAAAAUAGCGACCAGACUACUAAAAAAAGUUUAAAGUUUCUAGCAAAUUGUGUUUUUAUAUACUGUAUAGCAUUUAGUGCUAACUAUAAAAAUUCUGUGGUAACCUCUUUAGAGGUGGUUUUGACAUCUUUAACAAUAAAAAAAGUAAUCUUACAAUAUUUUAGUAUUAGAACUUGCUUCUAGGUUAGAAAAUUACUGACAUAGUUUUUUAAAAUUUUCUUUUUUAUGGUAAACUGCAAUUAAUAAAGUUUUGCCCGAAGUUGAAGGCUCCUUCUUGGCAUGUGUUGAUUGACAGCAGUAGAAUGGUAUCUUUGGAUUUACUUUGGACACAUAUACCUGCCAAAACAGUCACUUGGGGAGCCAUAUCUGUUGGGAAAAUCCUUAAUUUUACCUCCAGAAUAUCGUUUUAGUGGUUUUACAUAACCUGAUAACACCCAGUAUUAUGAUAACAAAUAGCUCACUAUGUAAAAUAUGUGCUCAUUGACACUAAUGUGCUAAUAAGUGCCGAAUUUUUCAUUCAUAAGACUGUUGCAUAAUUUUCUAGUUUUUUAAUAUUCCAUAGAUUUUUAUAACUUAGUACGGUAGAAAUUUUGUAAAUUGGGUCACCUUCUUAAGAAAUGAAUUUUACAUAAAUGAGUGAAAGAUUUUAGUAGUGCAUUACUACCUCUUGUAAAAACUGUUUCCUUUUCCAAUUCCAGGAGUUGAAAAGAAACCCUGUUUUGGUAAUUUUUAAAGUAAAAUUAAGUCUUACAAUUUUAUUAACUAUUGUUAUUAUUGUCAUAAAAUAUAUUAUGUAUUUCAUGGUAUACUGUAUUUGAAACUCGUCUUUACAUUAUACCUUUUUUCACAAAAUUUAUAGGCCUAAGGACGUGAACUUUCAUUUGUAAUCACAAAUAUUGUAUAAUUCAAAAGACAAUAAAUUGAGGCUAAUUGAAAUAAUGGUGAAAUAAUAAUCCUUCCAACAUAUUGAAUCUAGUAUAAAUUUACAUCAUGUGGCUUUUUGUUGAAUAAAUGUGGUAUUUACUUUAUAAAUAGAGAAAAGAUACCAAUGCGGUCUGCACAACGUGUAUAGGACAUUAGAUCUUGGAUCUGAGUUAGAUAUAGUUCAGGUUCAAAUUCUGUCUGUGACAUUUACACUUUUUACCAGUAUCGUCAACCUUGUACUGUACUGAUUCUCUCCUCUUGGAUAAGAUCCUCGCACAGGCAAGUGAUCCAUGAGGACAGACUGUAUAAGGCUAAAAAGGCGAUUGGCCUCUUCUUAAAAAACAAUUAGAAGAUGUAUAUGGUUUGCCACCAUUGCAAUUUGCAGGAAUUAAAAUGAAAGAGGAAUUUUUAAUCACUUUGUUAUUUCUCAGUGAUUAGUUAAGAGAUGUAAAUCAAGCAUUAUUAGUUGCAACCAUGUUGUGUGUUCCUUGAGUGAACAUUGUAGAAACUUCCAGUAAAACAGCUUGAUUUUUCAUUACAUUUCCAAAAAUGUUAUACCUAUAUUUCAUAUUGAUGUCAUCAUCUUUGACAGCAACGAUAAAAAAAAAUAAAAAAAUAUGAUUGAUACUACGUAUUGGUAAUUUUACUAAGUUGUUUCGCUUUUGGAUUUUCUGUUUUGAUUUUGGAAAAAAAUCAUAUUAAAACGAAUAAAAAAGGAAGUCAAAUAAAAACUUCACACCGUGCAACAGUUAUUGUUAAAAACUAUAAGUAAUGUGCUAAAGACUAAAGACAUCUAUCAGUUUAGAUAUAAUACUUCAAUCUAUAAGCUACCAAUGUUAAUAAGGUAUUGUAAAUAAUAAUGUUAGUGUAAAUGUUUUAACUAGUAUUUUUGAGAUGCCAAAAUUAAUAUUUCUACCAUAGUUAUUCUAUUUUAUGCCUAGUUCGUAUUAAAGUUUAUGCAUGUGCUGCCUCAAUAUAUAUCAAUACAAAAUAAAUACUGUAUUUACUGUU